AUGGUAGAACCUCAAGGCCCUUUGGAUAUACUUCCAGUUGUCAAUUAUCAACCAUUACUUACAGAAGCCAACUAUUUCUCGACUAAGCAAAUGAUCAAUCAAGUACUAUCGGAGGAUCAAGAAUAUGUUGCAUGGAAGUUGAAAGAUUUACGAACAGGUGGUACGAUGAACAAUUUUAUUUCUCAAUCACAGAUUGAUACUACUAGCUCGCAACGAACCAAUGAAGUUUCCAAAAUGCCUCAUUUGAAUUCCGUCCCCAAAAACCUGCAUUUUAUGAGAGAUAUUUAUGACAGAUUAAAUGCUAAUGAUGACGAGAUCAAAGGGAAUGAGUUGAGUUAUGAAGAUCAGUUCAAGCUGUUGGUUUUAAAUUUAGAUAGCGAGCAAAAUAAUAGAUUCGAAGUGUUCCAUAGAACCUCAUUAAACAAAUCUCAAGUUAAAAAGUUAGCCAGUACCGUCUGUAAUCAGACGAUAAGUGAGAAUAUUAGAGUCUUUCUACAAGCAAUUGGUAAAGUAUAUGUGGGAGAAAUCAUAGAACUUGCAUUGGAUGUUAGAAAGAAGUGGUUUAAUGCAAGGAUGGCAAUAGAAUUUGACAGGAGGAAAGAAUUUGCAAAGAGAUUGAAAAAAAUACUGAAAAAACUUACUCAAUUGACAAAUGCAACUGAUGUCAACGAAAAGGAUAAACAAACUGAUAUUGAAAUUGAAGAUAGUGUAGAUGAGAACGAAAGCGAUACGUAUUUUGAUGACGAUGAAGAUGAAGUGAGGGAGAUUAAGACUAGUAACAAGUUGUUAAGUACAGACAAGAACUCACAAGAGGUUAGACUAGGGUUGCUAAAUCACUACAACAAACUAGUAAAAGACUUCAACAAAAUAGAUGUUAGUAUUGAGAAAUACAAUAAGAGUCCCAUACUACCAGAACAUAUACGAGAGGCAUGGAGGUUGUAUCAAUUACAGAAUGACACUUUGCCAGCCGAUCAAUGGAGGUAUCAGGGUGAAAAUAGUGGUAAUAUGUUUAGAUGA